AUGGGAAAGUUGCAAGUGUACAAGAUAGAGUUUGAUGAAUUACGGGCUGUAUACAAACCGGGACAGAAUGUGACUGGGCGACUUAUCGUAGAACUGGACAUGGGAAUAAACGUCAGGGAGAUACAAAUGAAAUGUGUUGGCUGGGGAGAGGUUCACUGGACUCGGAAAAUACAGUCAGGGGGGCCGGGACAAAAGCAGAAAACAGAAACUAUACACUUCAACGGGGAGGAAAACUAUUUUAGGAGUGUUCUUGCGCUUUAUGGCAAAGUUGCUGAAACAGGAGAGUGGCUUCCUCAAGGUCGACAUAUCUUCCAUUUUUCCUUUACACUGCCACCCAUGCUACCAUCUUCCUAUAAUGAUAAAUUUGGAAACAUUGUGUAUGAGGUGUCGGCCAUUUUAGAUCUAGAUUUUUGGUCUACAGAUCAAAUCAUUCGAAAGGAAUUCAAAGUCGUCAGCGACGUGGACCUCAAUAGGUACCCAGGAGCUGAGGCAUCAAUAGAAAUUCAGAAUUUCAAGUACGUAUGUUGUUGGUGCUGUAAAUCAGGACCUAUCACAGGGAUUCUAAGAACUUCCAAAACUGGCUACGUCUCGGGGGAACCUGUGGUAUUUGAUAUCACCAUCCAAAACCGUUCACGCCGAGUUUGUGGGGUAUCUGUUGUCUUUUUAAAGGAGACUAUUUAUCAUGCCAAAGGGGAAAAGAAAGUGUGUGUUAGUGAAAUUAAGAAAUCCCAAUAUGAAGAUGUAAUGCCCGGAGAAAUCCAGACCUGGGAUGACGAGGAAUUUGAUGUACCUUCCGUACCCCCGCCAUGUCUCGAGGGGUGCAAGCUUAUAACCAUUGAUCACUACUUGAAGUUGGUGAUAGACCCUGCAGGACCAGCUUUUCAUUUAACCGUUCCACUGAAGUUGAUAAUUGGAUCCAUUCCCAGCUAUGGAACGUAUAGAAUGUUUGACCUAUGA